GCGCGCUGCAGCCACCAUUGACGGCGUUCGUUUUAUGGUCCUCGGCUCCAUUCUUCUCUUUCCGAGUCCAGCAAGUUACUUCUCUUUCUUUUCCCUCAUCAUCAUCGUCGUCGUCGCGUAUUUCUCUAUCGCCUCACGCUCAGCGCUGCAAAUCCAUCUCGUAAUUUUGUUUUAUUAUCUCGCUUUAAAAAAAAGAUAAAUAUUUUUUUGUUUUACCUCGUAACAUCUCGGGCCGGCUAAUUAUUUUUUUUUUCCCGCCAACGACCUCCAACCCCACAACGUUGCGCGCGUGCGCGCUCUUUCACACACUCCCCGGUCACGUGGCGGUCAUCCGCCAAUCAACGCUCUUGGCUCGUGCCUGCCCCCCUCCUCCUCCCUUCUUUUCUCACACCCCCACCCCCCACCUUCAGCUAAAGCAGCCCCGCCCCUCACCCCCACCACUAGCCCCGCCCCGCCCCUCGCCUCCUCUUCCAAGUCAAAAGGCUCGGGAAGAAUGACUGGGUUCGCUUCGGUGACGAGACACAAAAAGCCAAAACCCGACAGUGGUACAAGGAUUCUAUAGCCUCGGUGGAGCAUUCUACAUAUCAUCCCCUUCCAUAUUUACUUUUUGUUAAUAUAUAAAUUUGUACAUCCACUACCCAUCUGCAAGACUAGCACAAUCUUGUAUGGAUUUCCAUUUCGACUCUUAAAGACUUAUUGUAAAAUUUUCUACUCGCUGUCAAAGCCAUACAGCAACAAAUUUGUCCAAAUUCGAAAAUAACUGUGGUGUUAGUUGGCCUUCAAAUUCGAGAGCGUUGCAAUAUACAGCAUUUUUUUAAAUCUUCAGUUGACAACAAAAAAUAUUAACUCCUUAAGUUAUUUAUUGUUUUGCACAAACCUUUGAGACUUCUUGAAGGGCUUUCCAUUUCAAGACCUGCCCGUUCACCCUUGAUUUCCCCUUCAAUCGACAAUGAUGGCAAACGGCCGCUUUGUGUUCGAGGACGACCACCUCUGGGCCUCCACGGCCGCCAAGCUGAACGCGCUACGCAAGAGCGGGCAGUUCUGUGACGUUCGGCUGCAGGUGUGCGGGCAUGAGAUCUACGCUCACCGCGCUGUGCUGGCCUGCUCAAGCCCUUACCUGUUCGAAGCCUUCAACAGCGAAGUGUUGGACAACACCGGCUGCUCCAUGAUCCGCUUUGAGGAUCUCAACCCCGAGGCCAUGGAGGUUCUGCUCAACUACGCCUACACCGCACGGCUGGAAGCCUCUAUUGAUCUGGUGAAGGAUGUGUACUCUGCUGCCAAGAAGCUGAAGAUGGACCGUGUGAGACAGGUGUGUGGAGACUACCUUCUAUCUCGCGUGGACGGAACCAACUGCAUCUCGUACCGAAACUUCGCCGGCCACAUGGACGACUCGCGCCUGCUCGCCCAGGUGGACGCCUUCAUCCAAAGCCACCUGGUGGAGAUUUCCGAGGGGGAAGAGUUCCUCAAGCUGCCUCGCCUGCAGGUGGAAGUGGUGCUGGAAGAAAACGUCUGGCUGCCCAGUAACGGCAAACUCUGCACCAAGGUGAUAGACUGGGUGCAGCGCUGCAUCUGGGAGAAGGGCGAGCGUCUGGAAGACCUCCUGCAGAAGGUUCAAAAGCUGUACUUUUCGGCUGAACACAAACUGCUUGAAAGGAGCCACCCUGAGUCUCCUCAAGACAGUUCCAGUGAGGGCGAAGAUGCCACUAAUAACACGAAGAAAAACCUUCACCGGGACGGCAAGCGCAAGAAGAGCGGCGUUGCCACCACGAACGGCACCACGCACCUGAACACCGGCGACAUGAAGUCUCCUUGCAAGUCCCUCACCACCGCCGCUCGCAACCUCUUGCAGCAGCAGCAGCAGAGUCAGAACGGCGGCGGCUGCAGCAAUGGCGGCAGCAACAACAUCUUCAGCAAGCACGAGUGGAAGAUCAUUGCCUCUGAAAAGAGCUCCGAUAUGCAGUACCUGUCGCUGGCGGUGCUGAGCGGCACGCUGUGCGCCAUCUCGCUGCACGGACGCACCUCCAGCCCGCGCGUGUCCCCCGCCACCACCCCGGUGCUCUCCAAGAGCUCCAGCCUGGAGGCCGGCCUGGACCUGGAGGAGCCCGACGCGGCGUUGCUCUCCGGCAUGCACUACGAGCGCUGCGGCCUGGGGGCCGCCUCGCUCAAUGGCAGCCUCAUCGCCGCUGGCGGAUACAACCGGGAGGAGUGUCUGCGUACCGUGGAACGCUACGAUGCCAGCACGGACAGCUGGUCCUUCAUCGCGCCCAUGAACACCCCACGCGCUCGCUUUCAGAUGGCGACGCUCAUGGGCAAGCUGUUUGCUCUUGGAGGUUCCAACGGACACUCGGACGAGCUGAGCUCUGGUGAGGUUUACGAUCCGGAUGCCGACCAGUGGAUGUCCAUUCCUGAGCUUCGUACCAACCGCUGCAAUGCAGGUGUGGCGGUGCUGAAGGAUAGGCUGUACAUUGUCGGUGGAUCAGACCCCUAUGGCCAGAAGGGUCUGCGGAGCUGCGAUGCCUUCGACCCGAUCUCAAAGACGUGGAUCACUUGCUCACCGACAAACACUCACCGGCACCAGGCGUCGGUGUGCGAGCUGGACGGCUUCCUGUACGUGGUGGGCGGAAGCGAGGCGUGGAACUGCCUCAACACGGUGGAGCGCUACGACCCGCUCGGAGACACCUGGACCUUCGUGGCGCCCAUGAACGUGGCGCGUCGCGGCGCCGGCGUCGCUGCCUACAACGGCAAGCUGUUCGUGGUGGGCGGCUUCAACGGCGCCAGCUCGCUGGGCGCGGUGGAAGUGUACGACCCGGUGCGCGACGAGUGGACCGUGCUGGCCAGCCUGUCGGUGGUGCGUAGCAAUGCCGGCGUGGCGGUGGCCGGGGGGCGGCUCUACGCAGUCGGCGGCUUCACCGGCGCGCAGUUCCUGCGCUCCGUCGAGGUUUACGACGCGCAGGCCAACCUGUGGUCUCCCUACAUCGCCAUCAAAAGAGAGGCUGAUCUGUUGGAGGGGGAGGAGGAGGAGGAGGUGGUGGAGGAGAAUGAGUGAUGAAAGAAAAGGGUGGGGGGGGGGGGGGG